AUACUGAUUGGUCAAUUAAGGGUUAUCUCUAGGUGUCGAACUAUCCAUUUCUUAACUUGCUAGAUAGUUACUCAGUCAGUUAGAGGAAGAGCAAGUAUGACAUAUAUGAUAUCAGUUGACACUGUAACCAAAGUAAAACUUUAAAACAGUUAUAGAAGUUAUCCAUCAUCAUUAUGGGAUGAAUUAACUGAUACGAUACUAAAUAGGACAAUAUUCCCAAUUAGGAAAGGGCGUGUACUGAUUACCAAAAAAGGAGGAAUUUUUGUGUAAAGUUCCACUCAUCCCCUUUUUUUUAAGUUUAAUUGCUGGAAAUUUCCUCGAAGGGUGGAGGGCAGCCUUUAAGAGGAGGACCCAGGAGGUGUGGACACAUUUAUAAAGUAUAAAUUUCAUGUUAAAUUUCCCAAUUCUAGUUUUUUUAAUAUUUCCAUUUUUUUACCUUUUUAUUUCAAUUGUAUAUUGUCCAAUCAUCCUACAAUGCAUAGAACUUACUCAUUAAGAUCUCAAAAGGCUCCAACCGCCGCUCAAUUACAAUCUCCUCCUCCUCCUCCAUCUUCUACCAAAUCUAAAUUCUUUGGUACUGGGUCCAUUUCUUCAAGUUUUAGAAAAACUGUUGCUGGUGCCACUGGUCCUGAAUUAUCGAGAAAAUUGGCUCAAUAUGUUAAGAUUGAAAAGAAUGUUAUGAGAGCCAUUGAAUUGACUGCUAGAGAAAGAAGAGAUGUUGCUAAACAAUUGAGUGCUUGGGGGGAAGAAAAUGAUGAUGAUGUUUCUGAUGUUACUGAUAAAUUAGGGGUUUUAAUUUAUGAAAUUGGGGAAUUAGAAGAUCAAUAUAUUGAUAAAUAUGAUCAAUAUAGAAUCACUUUAAAAUCAAUUAGAAACAUUGAAGCUUCUGUUCAACCUUCAAGAGACAGAAAACAAAAAAUUACUGAUGAUAUUGCUCAUUUAAAAUAUAAAGAUCCUCAAUCUCCAAAAAUUCCUGUUUUAGAACAAGAAUUAGUUAGAGCUGAAGCUGAAUCUUUAGUUGCUGAAGCUCAAUUAUCUAACAUUACCAGAGAACAAUUAAAAGCUGCUUUCAAUUAUCAAUUUGAUGCUACUAGAGAAUUGGCUGAAAAAUACGCUUUAAUUGCUGGUUAUGGUAAAGCUUUAUUAGAAUUAUUAGAUGAUUCUGCCGUCACUCCAGGUGAAACUAGACCUGCUUAUGAUGGUUAUGAAGCUUCCAAACAAAUCAUUGUUGAUGCUGAAAACGCUUUAAGUUCUUGGACUUUAGAUUCUGCUGCUGUUAAACCAACCUUAUCUUUACAUCAUGAAUAUGAAGAAGAAGAUGAAGUUCCAGUUGAUGAAGAAGAAGCCGCCGAAGGUGAAUUUGCUAAACAUGAUGAAGUUGAUGGUAACUAAUUGUUACUAAAAAAAGUAGCUCUCAUAAAUAUUUUAUCUUGAUUGAUUAUUUUCCAAACAUGUUUUGUCGUUAUUUUUGUUUUAUUUGUACCCCCAUUGUAUUAGUAUAUAAUUAUUGAGAUGAAAAAAUUUGUUAUCUAUAUAUCUAUCUUAUCCAUCCAUUCAAUAUUCUUACUGUAUUUUAUUUAGUUAUUUAUCCAUGGUUUUGAUAACCAAGUUGUUUUUUAAUAAAUGCUUUCAAUUUCAGUA